AUGCCAGCUGUGGUCAUCAACAAUGGAGUACCCACUGGUCGGCACGAGAGUGGUAUAGGCCGACAACCCGGAUUACCAGAACUACCCAGCGGGCCUGCUGAUCGACCUUCGUCGCCGGCACUUGCGUCGCAUGCUUGGGAUGCUCCUGCAGCCGAGCUUGAGUCGCGUAGUCGCGCGAUUGAAGCCGUGGAACUUUCAGCCUCGUCCACCACGCAGCGGCCUCGUCGUGCCUCGCGAUACCAGCGUCAUUAUUCCACAUCACCGGUAGAGACAGCGUCUAUCAAUGCACUGCUCGCAGCGACAGAUGCGGUCGAGUUGGAUUCCACGCCUAUUAUCGCAGAGUUGCCAGCCGCCGAUACACAUCACCCUUUUUCAAGACAGAACAAUGCUGUCGGCUCCUUGCACUCGGGCUCCGCGUACCAGGCGUACCCUGGCCUCGCUGACCUUUCUCUGUCCGAUGCACCCCGCUCGCCAUCUCCUCUGACGAGUUCAUCCGCUCGCGCUCACACUCGGACUCGCUCAUCGGCCGUGGUUGAGCAGCAGAAACCUCCUCCCGACAUCCACGACCAAACGCAUCGCCGGCAACUGGUAUCUUCUCCGGUGGCCAUGAUGGACGCUGAUAGCCUCGUCCCCAGCCACGCGAGAGCGAGGGCCAAAUCAGCCAGCCUACCCAAUUCACCACCGUAUCCGUGUCCAGGCCCGAAACAGCCCACCUCGUCAUAUUCCGAACCCCAACCUCAGCACCAGCACCAGCACCAGCACCAGACAAAGCUGCCUUACCCGCUUUAUCACGGCACCGGGACGGUUGUGAUGCCGCUGCACCGGGACUACGCGAGUUAA